GCCAUGGCCGGAGAUUCUAGGAUCUUCAUGAACCAGGACAUGGACAUCGGAGUUACAUCCAGAGAGCCUAAGAAGAUUCCCAAACAGGCCCGGGAUGAUGCCCCCAUUGCCACUGACCGAACCCGCCUCAUAUCAGCAGAAGGUAAGAAGCCACGUCAGCGUUACAUGGAGAAAAGUGGCAAAUGCAAUGUGCACCAUGGAAAUGUCCAAGAAACCUAUCGAUACCUUAGUGAUCUCUUCACUACGCUGGUGGACCUCAAGUGGCGUUUUAAUCUUCUUGUCUUCACUAUGGUCUAUACCAUCACUUGGUUGUUUUUUGGGUUCAUAUGGUGGCUCAUUGCCUAUAUCCGGGGAGACCUGGACCAUCUUGAAGAUGAGAACUGGAUCCCCUGUGUUGAAAAUCUCAGUGGAUUUGUUUCCGCAUUUCUGUUUUCUAUCGAGACUGAGACAACAAUUGGGUAUGGCUACAGGGUCAUAACAGAGAAGUGCCCAGAGGGUAUUGUACUGCUCCUGAUCCAGGCUAUUCUGGGCUCCAUUGUCAAUGCAUUCAUGGUGGGAUGCAUGUUUGUCAAGAUCAGCCAACCAAAGAAGCGGGCUGAAACCCUCAUGUUUUCUAACAACGCAGUUAUUUCCAUGAGGGAUGAGAAGCUGUGUCUCAUGUUCCGGGUUGGAGACCUCCGCAAUUCCCACAUUGUCGAAGCUUCCAUUAGAGCCAAACUGAUUAAGUCCAAACAGACCAAAGAAGGAGAGUUCAUUCCCUUGAACCAAACGGACAUCAACGUGGGAUUUGACACUGGAGAUGACAGAUUGUUCCUGGUGUCACCUCUUAUCAUCUCGCAUGAAAUCAAUGAGAAAAGUCCCUUCUGGGAGAUGUCCCGCACCCAACUGGAGAAGGAAGAGUUUGAAAUUGUGGUCAUCCUGGAAGGAAUGGUGGAAGCAACAGGGAUGACUUGCCAGGCUCGCAGCUCCUACAUGGACACCGAGGUGCUGUGGGGACAUCGCUUCACUCCUGUCCUCACCCUGGAGAAGGAUUUUUACGAAGUCGACUAUAACAGCUUCCACAGCACUUACGAGACCAACACGCCUGUGUGCUGUGCCAAAGAGCUGGCCGAGUCUCGCCGGGAAGGCCAGCUCCUCAGCCACCUCUCCAGUGCCACCCUCCUGAGCGGAGGCAGAGAAGCAGAGACAGCAAAACGGGAAGAAGAGGAAGAAGACAGGGAGCCAGCAGGGUUGAAUGGAGCCAAUGGGACAGCAGGAGAGGUGCAAGAAGAGAUACCUGUAUAA